AUGCUGAUUUUCAGCUGUAUAAAUUUGGAUGGUAGAGCCCCGAUGCAUAAUUGAAACACAAGUGUAUCAAUAAUGGGGUUCUGGCAAGCUGGAGUUGGAUUGUUGUUUCUUUUUGCACUGGGCUUUUCUGAAGCAUUUUGGGGAGCCAAAAAAAGUAGUAAUUGGACCCCAAACACUCUUAUUCCUAAGGCACUGUCACAAGUUCAGCAGGCUGACUCCAGGAAGCCUCCAAUUCCUAAGAAAUAUGACCCCAGUAACCUUGUAUUUGCUCCACAAAAACUUCCUGUUCGGUUUCCUGUCCAGAAACCAGCCAAGAGUGAUUUUGGAAAGCCUUCUCAAGAUGUUUUGGGUGUUCAGUCCAAAGAAAUGUUGCUGGGUCCAGUGCAAAAACUAACAUGGAAAUUUCCAAGCCUACCAGAAGAACCACAGCCGCCAAAUGUUCCUUUUGAGUUGCACCAUCCUGUCCCUGCCAAAAGUGUAGCGGCUCGUUGUGCUGAAAACUCUGUAUAUGUGGAGGUGAUGCAAGAUUUCUUUGGGAAUGGGAAGCUGCAGAAGUCCUCUGCGUUUACACUGGGAGGCUGUUCAGCAACUGGAGAAGACCCCUCUGCUCAAGUGCUCAUCUUUGAGUCUGAACUGCAUGGAUGUAGUAGUACAGUAACUGUGACUGAAGAUGAGCUUGUCUAUACGUUCACACUUGUGUACACCCCACAAGAGGUCUUGUCUGGUGUUCCUAUUGUUAGGAGCAGUAGUGCGGUGGUUGGUAUCGAGUGUCACUAUUCAAGAAAGCAUAAUGUGAGUAGCGAUGCCUUAAUGCCCACUUGGAUCCCAUAUGCUGCUUCUGAAGUUGCAGAGGAGAUCUUUGUCUUUUCCCUCCGGCUCAUGACUGAUGACUGGCUCUUUGAGAGACCUUCUAACCAGUACUUCCUGGGUGAUAUCAUAAACAUUGAGGCAUCUGUGCAGCCAUACAAUCAUGUUCCCAUCCGUGUAUUUGCGGACAGCUGUGUGGCUACAACAGUCCCUGAUCCUGCGUCUGUCCCCAGAUACUCCUUCAUUGAGAACAGUGGGUGCCUGGUUGAUGCCAAGCUCACAGGCUCCAGGUCUCACUUCAUGCCCCGAACUCGAGGUGAUAAGCUGCAGUUUCAGUUGGAGACAUUCAGGUUCUAUCAAGCAGGCAGUGGACUGGUCUACAUCACAUGCACACUGAAAGUGGCCGCAACAACUACUCCUGCUCCAAUAAGUCCUGAAUGGAAAGCUUGUUCGUUCUCUGCUAAUGGGUGGGUAUCUUCAGAUGACUCCCACCAGGUAUGUGACUGCUGUGACACCACCUGUAGUACCAGAAGUGGACGUGAUCCAGUUCUUCUUAAAGGUCUGGAUCAAUUUAUUCAUGGUUCCUUUCUGUCCUCUUUCCAUGCACCACUUUUCUCAUGUUUUGUCUUGUUUCUCAGAUCUGCGGUGGGAUAAAGCAUCUGUUGGACC